AUGUCUAAAGCUACCGUCACAUUCGUCACUGGCAACGCAAAUAAGUUGCGUGAGGUUCAGCAAAUUCUUGGGGCUGAGGGGAUUGGCAAAGCGAUUGUUAACCAAAAGGUUGAUUUAGAGGAAGUUCAGGGCACUCUUAACGAUGUGACAAUUGCCAAAACCCGCAAAGCCGCAGAAAUUAUUAACGGUCCUGUGCUUGUGGAAGAUACUGGUCUUGAGUUUAAUGGUCUCAAGGGUCUUCCUGGUCCUUACAUUAAAUGGUUUUUGGAAAGUUUGGGAAAUCAAGGACUUUACGACAUGUUGUACAAGUUUGAGGACAAGACUGGGCGUGCUAUUUGCACUUUUGGAUUCAGUGAGGGCCCUGGGAGCGAAGUUUUAUUAUUCCAAGGCAUUGUUGAUGGGACAAUUGUGUCGCCGCGAGGACCCAAAGAUUCCAGCAAACCUGUGUUUGGCUGGAACCCAAUCUUUGAGCCUAAGGGGUAUACGGAGACUUAUGCAGAGAUGGAUGGAGAGCAAAAGAAUGCAAUUUCACACCGGUACGUUGCGCUUAUGAAGCUCAAGGAAUUUCUUGAAAAGCGUGCUGAGAGUGCUUAA